GGAGAAGGUCGGCUCGGGCGGCUUCGGGCAGGUGUACAAGGUGCGCCACGUCCACUGGAAGACGUGGCUCGCCAUCAAGUGCUCGCCGAGCCUGCACGUCGACGACAGGAUAGCUGGCCGUCCUCCACGAGCUGUCCUGGGAUGCGUGGUCCGCGGGACCGAGCUGCCUGGUGUUGCUUCCGGAAAGGGUGCGGGCUGUCUGAGAACAUUCCGGCUGUGGCCAGCUUUCUGGAGCAGACAGCUGCAGUGGCUCGCCCCCCCCCCUUUUUUUAAACUAAGAUGUCCCUCGGGACCGGGCACAGCGCUGGGGUCUGCCUGCAUGUCACCCUGGAACCCAGCAAGCACUGUGGCUGCAGCCGGCGCUGGCCGGCCUGGGCCAGGCACCUGAACCCACUCUUCAGCCCGGCCCGGGGACCUCCACGGGGGCUCUUGUGGACAUCGUGUUUUCCAUUCAUUGGAUCUUUGACCAGAGUGCUAAGAGAGCAUGUCAUGCUGAGCUCAGUUUUGUCCUAUAGUCAUGUCAUGAUUCACUCCUGAUACCUGUCGCACUCUUUCCUGACGCCAGGGCAAUUCUUUUGCUCCUUGAGCCUGUUCAGAGCCAAAGUCUUGAUCCCCUUGCCCGCUGCCUGCCCCGCUCCUGCUGAUUCCGUAAAUGGGGAGCCACCCAGUGAUUCCCAGUAGACGUCUAGGGUCAUCCUUGCUACCUCCCUCUUCUCCACAUCCAGUCGGUCACCAGGACUUAAUGGUUCUCCCUCGAAAAUGGGCCCUGCAUCCACCAGCUUCCUCUCUCUGCACUCCUGGCAGCCGGGGCCCCGGUGACCACCCUGAGUGCCUCGUGGCCGCUCUGCCCCUGCUGCUUCCAGCCUGGGGCUCUGGUGUAGGAAUGGGACAGACCUUACGAGCCCUCGCUGCUGCCCUCUGCCCACCUGAGUCAGGGACCCCCUUUAUUAAACGUCCCCAGGUCCCUGUACUUCCCCUUCAAAGAACUUGGAUUUUCAACUACACUUCUUUUUUUAGGGGUGAUUUUCCACCUUCUCCCCUAGAAGGUAAAUACCCUGAAGGCGCAAGGAAGGGGUCUUUUUCGUCCUCAGUUCUAACAUGUAGAGGAUGCUCAGUAAAUACUUACUAAUAAAUGAAUUUUAAUUGGAUGCAGAUUAAAAUUAAAGUAAUUGCUGGGAGUACUUAGGUGGGUGAUUCCAGACUGUAGGGGUUUAUUUAAAAAAAAUUUUUUUUGGCCGCACGGCAUGGGCAUGAGGGAUCCUAGCUCCUCAAGCAGGAAUCGAACCGGCACCCCCUGCAGUGGAAGUGCAGAGUCUUAACCACUGGACCGCCAGGGAAAUCCCUUUAGUGGUUUAUUUUAAAUUUGGCUGAAAAUGCGUGAGCUGUGUUCCAGUGGUUGUCAGGCUUAACUCUUGGCCUUUGGGGCUGGGUAAGUCUUUGCCCGGGGGGCUGUCCUGCGUGCUGCAAGGUGCAGGGUGGCGCUCCUGGCCUCUACCCACUGGAUGCCAGCGGCGGUGCCCGAUGUCCCCCGGAGGCAAAGUCCCCCCAGGGGAGAACCACUGGUCUGCACCCAGGGAUCCUCUCCCUGAGACACCCGCCUUGGCCAGCGCUCACCUUGGGGAGGGAACUCCCCUCCCAUAUGCAGGGGCCGGACGCGCGGGCAGGGGUGCUGUGGUCCUGUCCAGCUGAGCCCACCGCAGGCAGAGCUGGGUGCUGCAGACCUUGGUAAACAGUGCGGCGUGGUUCCUCCUUGCAGGUGGCUUCCUCCCUGGGAAGUGUUUUCAUACCUGUAAAGGAGGCCUGGGAGUGAGCUGCGGUCUCAGAGAGGAGGUCAGAUCAGUAAGAAGCAGCCUCAUUUCCGUGGUAGUUUCUGACUCUCCAGCAGGCUGGGAAGCAGGCGCAGGCGCAGUGGGGCGGGCAGAUGCACCCAAGCUCCGGAAGAGCCCCCGUGGUGGGAGCGGAGCCGUCCUGGGUCCUGGGCCGGGGGGCUUAUGUGGGAAUCUGCAUUCUCGGGCGGGGGGUUGGGGGGCCCUGAGGCUGCCCCGGCUGCUUCCUGCCUCAGUUCCCAGCUCCCAUAGGCUGUGUGGUUCUAGACUCUUCCUUUAGGAGCUUCCUAGAAAGCGGGUUCCUGGCACCCACCUAGAGCCUGUUCUCCGGGAGUGGAGCCCGGGAGUCUGCGUUUCAGCCGUCUCCCGGGUGCUUUCUACGGUGGCCGUGGUUGAGAACAGGCCAGGCCUUGGCCUUGUGGGAUGUGGCCUCUUUUCCUGAAUGUACUCUGAGACUUUGACCCAUCACGCUGACACCGACCAAGGCCCUGGAUACCAGUCUGUAACGGCUGCACCAGGAAGUGGCCUUAGACCAGGGGUUGGCAGACUUUCCGUGAAGGGCAGAGAGUAGACCUUUGGGGCUCUGCAGGCCACGGGGUCUGCGUCGCAGCUACGCAUCUCUGCCGCGAGUGCGGAGACAGCCUCCGCCCCGCUGGACGUGGAUGGUGAGACUGCCAUGCAGUCAGUUUCUUUACAGAACAGGGGCUGGCUGUGGACAGCAGCUUGGUAGUCGCCCAAAAGUUAAACACUGAAGUACUACGUGACCAGGUAACUCUCCGCCUCGGCACGUAUCCAAAGGAGUUGAAAGCAGGGACUUGAACACCUGUGUGUAUAAAUGUACGGCAUUAGUCACAGUAACCGGAAGGUGGAAACGACCCAAGGGUCUUGUCCAUCAGCAGAGGAGCGGUAAACACAAUGUGUGUGUUCAUACAAUGGAAUCAUGCUCAGCCGUAAGAGGAGUGACGUUUCGGUUUGUGCUACAGCGUGGAUGGACCUGGACGACAUAUGAUGAGUGAAAUAAGCCAGUUACUAAAGGACGGAUGCUACACGAUUCCACGGAGCGCAUGGAACUUUUGGAGGAAGCCAAGAAGAUGGAGAUGGCCAAGUUCCGUUACAUCCUGCCCGUGUACGGCAUCUGCCAGGAGCCCGUGGGCCUGGUCAUGGAGUACAUGGAGACGGGCUCCCUGGAGAAGCUGCUGGCCUCCGAGCCGCUGCCCUGGGACCUGCGCUUCCGCAUCGUCCACGAGACGGCCGUGGGCAUGAACUUCCUGCACUGCAUGGCCCCGCCUCUCCUCCACCUGGACCUCAAGCCCGCCAACAUCCUGCUGGACGCCCACUACCACAUCAAGAUCUCCGACUUCGGGCUAGCCAAGUGCAACGGGCUGUCCCACUCGCAGGACCUCAGCAUGGACGGCCUUUUCGGCACCAUCGCCUACCUUCCUCCUGAGCGUAUCCGGGAGAAGAGCCGGCUCUUCGACACCAAGCACGACGUGUACAGCUUCGCCAUCGUGAUCUGGGGCGUGCUCACGCAGAAGAAGCCGUUUGCGGAUGAGAAGAACAUCCUGCACAUCAUGGUGAAAGUGGUGAAGGGCCACCGCCCCGAGCUGCCACCUGUCUGCAGACCCAGACCUCGCGCCUGCGAGAAUCUUCUGCGCCUCAUGCAGAGGUGCUGGCACGGGGACCCCCGGGAGCGGCCCAGCUUCCAAGAAAUCACCUCUGAAACCGAGGACCUGUGCGAAAAACCUGACGAUGAGGUGAAAGAGACAACUCCAGACCCGGAUGUGAGAAACCCACCUGAGGCCGAGGCCGAGGCCGAGGCGCCCGUGGCCACCCCGCUCAAGCGAGCCUCUGCCCCGACCUUUGACAACGACCACAGCCUCUCCGAGCUGCUGUCCCAGCUAGACUCGGGCAUCUCCCAGACCCUCGAGGGCCCGGAAGAGCUCGGCCGCAGCUCCUCCGCGUGCAAACUUCCGUCGGCGAGCAGCGGCAAGAGGCUGUCGGGGGUGUCCUCGGUGGAUUCUGCCUUCUCCUCCAGAGGGUCGCUGUCCUUGUCCUUCGAGCGGGAGUCUUCAGCGGGCGAUCUCGGUGCCACUGACAUCCAGAAGAAGAAGCUCGUGGAUGCCAUCGUGAACGGGGACACCAGCAGGCUGAUGAAGAUCCUGCAGCCCCAGGACGUCGACCUGGUUCUGGAUGGCGGCGCCAGCCUGCUGCACCUGGCCGUGCAGGCUGGGCAGGAAGACUGCGUCAAGUGGCUGCUGCUUAACAACGCCAACCCCAAUCUCACCAACAGGAAGGGCUCCACCCCCCUCCACGUGGCCGUGGAGAAGAGGGUGCGGGGCGUCGUGGAGCUCCUGCUGGCCCGGAAGAUCAGCGUCAAUGCCGCGGACGAGGACCAGUGGACGGCCCUGCACUUCGCGGCCCAGAACGGGGACGAGGGCAGCACGCGGCUGCUGCUGGAGAAGAACGCCUCCAUGCACGAGGCAGACUGCGAGGGCCGGACGCCCAUGCACGUGGCCUGCCAGCACGGCCAGGAGAGCAUUGUGCGUAUCCUGCUGCGCCACGGCGUGGACGCCGGCCUGCCGGGGAAGGACGCCUGGGUGCCGCUGCACUACGCCGCCUGGCAGGGCCACCUGCCCAUCGUCAAGCUGCUGGCCAAGCAGCCGGGGGUGAGCGUGGACGCCCAGACGCUGGAUGGGAGGACGCCCCUGCACCUGGCCGCCCAGCGCGGGCACUACCGCGUGGCCCGCGUCCUCAUCGACCUGCACUCCGACGUCAACGUCUGCGGCCUGCUGGCGCAGACGCCCCUGCACGUGGCCGCGGAGACGGGGCACACGAGCACCGCCAGGUUGCUCCUGCACCGGGGCGCCCGCAGGGAGGCCGUGACGGCUGAGGGCUGCACCGCACUGCACCUGGCCGCCCGCGGUGGGCACCUGGCGACCGUCAGGCUGCUGGUGGAGGAGCGGGCCGACGUGCUGGCCCGGGGGCCCCGCCACCAGACGGCGCUGCACCUGGCCGCCGCCGGCGGGCACUCGGAGGUGGUGGCGGAGCUAGUCAGCGCCGACGUGCGUGACCUGUCUGACGAGCAGGGGCUCAGCGCACUGCACCUGGCCGCCCGGGGCCGGCACGCCAAGACGGUGGAGACGCUGCUCAGACACGGGGCCCACGUCAACCUGCAGAGCCUCAAGUUCCAGGGCGGCCCCGGCCCCUCCACCGCGCUCCUCCGGCGAAGCAAGACCUAGCCUGCCGCCCCCGGAGACGGGGCCCCUGCGGGGUUCCUGUCCCCGCACCGUGCUCCGCUCGCCCCGUCUGCGGCCUGCGGGAUGCCUUCGAGAGGCGGGUGGCCGCCGACUUGGGAUUCGCGCCGGCAUCUGCUUGGGCAUCGCCUGCGCACCCCCCCGGCGAGGCUGGUCAGGGUGUGCGUGACCACUGCCCACGGGUGCGCCCGGCGUCGGAGGGACGGGGGGUCGGAGGCAUUUGGCUGCACCCCCCGCUCCUGCCGUCGGUCCCUCGGUGACAGGGCCGUGAGCCCCCCCACCCCGUCGUGAGUGGAGCCACCUGUGGCUGGGAAGUUGGUGUGCAGGAAGAGCUGCGUCUUUUCUCUCCAUUUGCAGCGGCAGGCAAAGAAGCCUGUUCCAGAAGGCUUUCGUGGAAUUCUUGUUCUCCGGAAGAAUACCUUUCAUAGACGAACAGUGUCAGCUGUCGCUUUAGAUCCGUGAAAAACUUCCAUCUCAUUGGAUCGUCUGCCUUCUGCGCAACGAGUGUGAACUGGUGGUUGGUUUUUGAAGCAAAAACGGUCAUCUCACCGGCCCUUUCAUACCCAGAUUUGUCCGUCACUCAGUCCUCGUGGGUGGCCACACACGUGUGCCGUGAGUGCUACCUGCCCUAAUUCAUGUCUCGUUGCAGAAAAUGUUUGAACUUUAGAGUCAAGUGUCUAAAAGUCAAGAAAAAUUCACUGACGGCCUCAGUUUCGGACUCAGAACAGUGUUAGCGAGUUAGACGCACCACCUUCCUCACCGUUUUCAGCCGUCAGCCUCGGCCGGGUAGCGGUUUGUGCUGAGUGAUGCUGUUUUAGGGUCUCCAAGGGGGUUUCUGACCUGCCUUACAAACGGCUACUCUUUGCAGGGGCCUCAGCUUUUGGGGUGUGACCCCCCAAGUCAGCUCCAGGAGACAGCCUCACGGUCUUGGAUGUAAAAACCCCGUUCUCUUGUUGUCACCUGUGUCCCACAUGCACCCGCCCCCCAAUACUAUGAUUAGAGUCAGUUUGCUGCAGGCCCCGACCCUGUAUGCAAACAUGCCCUUUGGACUGGUGUAUGAAACAGAGAUUGAUGUUAACGUACCAUGUAUGUUAAUGUGAAUCUGUGGGCAGGAUACUUCUUUUCUGUGACAGGAAAUAUCCGGGCUGCUUAGAACUGGCUAUGUUUUAAUAUGCCUUGUGCUUUGAGUGUGUUGUGCUACUGUUGUAUGUAGAACACGUGGAAGAAGAAGCUUCUGUUUGAUGUCAAUAAAGCUAAGUUCUCUUCCGACCUUUUUGAAACC